GGUUAAGCUCAUUGUUUGUUAAAAAUAAAUAAAUAAAGAUUCUUGAUUCUUUCCUUCUACGGGCAGUAACAGAUCAUUCCCAUAUCUCUUGCUCUCCUCCCUCCUUCAGUCCCCCAAAUCGACGAAAAGGGUUUAGGUUUCUUCGUUCCGCUCUGAUUUUCCACCAAAUGGUAGUUGAAUUCUAGGGUUUCAGAUUCAAACAAUGAGCACCGCCAACUCCAAUAACAGUACCAACCACCACCACGGCGACCGAGAUCUCAGCUUGUGGUUCCUCGAGCAAUCGCGGCUCGCCUCUGCUCGGGGGCUGACCGACGAGGACGAGGACUCCCCCACGGAGCUCAACACCAUCAACAGCUCCGGCGGCUUCAUCGUCGUGUCCCCUGAUAAGCUCUCCGCCAAGUACACCAGCGUCAAUCUUCACGGCCACGACGUCGGCGUAGUUCAGGCUAACAAGCCAGCUCCGGUCAAGCGGCUCGUCUACUACUUCGAGAUUUAUGUCAAGGAUGCUGGGACCAAGGGCCAGAUUUCCAUUGGAUUUACUUCUGAGAGCUUCAAGAUGCGGAGGCAGCCCGGAUGGGAGGCAAAUAGUUGUGGCUAUCAUGGCGAUGAUGGACUACUUUAUCGGGGACAUGGAAAAGGAGAAGCGUUUGGCCCAACCUACACCUCUGGGGAUAUAGUUGGAGGUGGUAUCAAUUAUGAUUCACAGGAAUUCUUUUUCACUAAAAAUGGUGCUGUGGUGGGAACAGUGCCCAAGGAUAUCAAGGGCCCCUUAUUUCCUACCAUUGCUGUACACAGCCAAAAUGAGGAGGUACACGUUAACUUUGGACAGCAACCAUUUGCGUUUGAUCUUAAGGAAUUUGAAGCGCAAGAGAGGAUGAAACAACAAAUGUCAAUUGAAAAAAUUUCUUUGCCGACUAAUGUUAGUCAUCAAAUUGUUCGCUCCUACUUACUACAUUAUGGAUAUGAAGAUACGCUCAAUUCAUUUGACAUGGCUAGUAAAAGUACUGUUCCUCCAGUACAUAUAGCUCAAGAAAAUGGUUUUGAUGAGCAGGACAUUCUGUUUGCACUAAAUGAGAGAAAGGCUCUUAGACAGCUCAUUAGGAAUGGGGAGAUCGACUCUGCUCUUGGUAAACUCCGUGAAUGGUAUCCCCAAAUUGUUCAGGAUGAUAAAUCUGCUACGUGCUUUCUGCUCCACUGUCAAAAGUUUAUUGAAUUGGUUCGGGUCGGAGCACUGGAGGAGGCUGUCAAAUAUGGGAGGAUGGAAUUGGCAAAGUUCUUUGGCUUGCCGCUGUUUGAGGACCUAGUUCAGGACUGUGUUGCACUGCUGGCGUACGAAAGGCCACGGGAAUCAUCGGUUGGAUAUCUGCUUGAAGAGUCUCAGCGUGAAGUUGUAGCAGACACAGUUAAUGCAAUGAUCCUGUCAACAAAUCCCAACCUGAAAGAUUCUUUGCACGGUGGCUUGCAUUCAUAUCUGGAGAGGUUACUCAGGCAGCUUACUGCUUGCUGUUUGGAGAGAAGGUUUUUGAGUGGGGAUCAAGGCGAAGUCUUCCAUCUGCAGAGAGUACUUAACAGUAGUAAGAAAGCUAGGUGCUAGCUGAUUAUUCUCUACCUCUCGUCUCCGUCUGUUCAUAUGCACAUAAGCCAUUUUCUGAACCACAUCUCCAACUGAACAGACUGGUUUAUCAUCCGGCAGAGCAUACUGUAUAGAGGCGCCCAAUAAUGUUUACGUGAGCCACAAUGAUACUAAAUUUCUUGUAUAGAAUGGGUAUGUUCUCUUUCUGUAAGUUUGUAACCCACCGUUUACCCGCGAAUUAGAAAUUCAGUUGAACCGGCUUCUGGGAACGUUUACAUGUUAGAUUUCAAUAGAUUCAAUUUACGUUGUGAACUUACCUUGUUGCUCCAUUGGACUUUUAGGAAAGUACUCAGGAAACGAAACCGAGGAUGGUGAAUUACUUGUUGAGCAAAAUUGUAGUGGUUACAGUUGGUAUUC